UCCUAAGCGCCUCUGCCUGCGAGCGGAGGGGGCUGCGUAAAACCAGGAGAUCGCCCCUUAUUAUGACCGUCGUCGUUAUUUUGCCUCUCGCUUCUCCAUGUGCGUAUGUGCGGCCGUGACUUUCCCGCUGAAGGAGCCUCACCUUUUAGGAUCCUGCGCCCUCACUGGGAGCCGGGCAUGGAGGAGAAUGAGCAGAGCCACAGAGAAGGAGCGGCGAUCGAAGAGCAGCGGCAGCAGCAGCAGCAAGAAUCGAGCAGCAGUUGCAGCAGCAGCAGCAGCAGUUGCAGCAGUAGCAGCAGUUGCAGCAGUAGCAGCAGCAGCAGCAGCAGCCCCAGCGAUGCCGACACAAGCAGCCGGCGGGCUCUGAUCCUGCCCGUGGUCCUCCAGGCUCCCGGGAACCAUCAGCUCCCGCAUCGGAUCACCAACUUUUUCAUCGACAACAUCUUGCGGCCGGAGUUCGGUCGGAGAAAGGAAGGGGGAACUUGCUGCAGCGGCGGCGUUGGAGCAGGAGGAGCCGGAGGAGGAGGAGGAGGAGGAGGAAGAGGAGGCGCAGGAGGAGGAGGAGGAGGAGGAGGAGAGGGAGGAGGGGGCGGCGGCAGCAGCCCCGAACAGUUGGUCGCCCCCGGCCGGCAGCCCCGGAGGAGCCCCUCCUCGGGUCCCGGAGCCGGUGGGCCGGUCCUGGGGGGUGGGACCAGCUCUCCCGGGGACGGAGAAGGCGGCUCCAAAGCCCUGGCCUUGCACGGCGGGGGCAAGAAAGGAGGCGACCCCGGGGGACCCUUGGAAGGAGCCUUGAAGUCGCGGGGUUUAACCGGCGGCGACCUGUCUGUGAGCUCGGACUCCGAUAGUUCCCAAGCCAGCUCCAACCCGGGGAGCCAGCCCAUGCUGUGGCCCGCCUGGGUCUACUGCACCAGAUAUUCGGACAGGCCUUCUUCAGGUCCCCGGUCUCGCAAACCAAAGAAGAAAAACCCGAACAAAGAGGACAAGCGGCCCCGGACGGCCUUCACGGCCGAGCAGCUGCAGAGACUGAAGGCGGAGUUUCAGACCAACAGGUACCUGACGGAGCAGCGGCGGCAGAGCCUGGCCCAGGAGCUCAGCCUCAACGAGUCCCAGAUCAAGAUCUGGUUCCAGAACAAGCGGGCCAAGAUCAAGAAGGCCACGGGCAACAAGAACACGCUGGCCGUGCACCUCAUGGCCCAGGGACUCUACAACCACUCCACCACGGCCAAAGACGGCAAGUCGGACAGCGAGUGAGGACGGAGCCGGGGGGCGGGGGACGCCUGAAACUUGCGGGGCGACACAGACACCCCCCACCCACCCCGGGGAAGGGAGGGAGGGGGCGGCGGAAUCCACUUUUCGGUCAAAGUUAUUAAACAAUGCAAUAAUUUAAUAAACAAGGGCCAGUGUAUAAAGAUUAUACCAGCAUUAAGAGUGAAGAUAUUGUGUAUUAGCUAUGAUUCUGCAAUAUUCUAUGUAUAUAUAAUUUACAGGUGGUGGAAAAUCCAAGAUAUCUGAUUAUAAAAUAUUUUUUUUUGAGUUCCUUUUUGUGUUCUAUGGGAUUUUAGAUGCUCUCUUUAUGAAUUAUUUUGGUGCUUGGGAUACUUUUUAAAAAUCCUCCAAACGCCGUGUAGGGACAUUGGACCACUAUUUUUUUUUUUUGAAAUUCAAAAGAAGAAAAAAAAAAGAUGAAAACAACUUGCUGAAGUCCAAAGAUUUUUAUUGCUGCAUUUCACACGACUGUGAACCGAAUAAAUAGCUCCUAUUUGUUCUAUGAGUUUUA